AUGGAUUCGACGGAGUUGGUACUAGUCUCCAAGGAUGGUUCUGUUUUAGAGGUUACGUGUGAUUUAGGUUUACAGCAGAAGAAACCUGAAACACAAGUAACAGAUGAUUUGCUAACUGAUCGUACACAAUCUUUACUAGAGGAUGGACCGGUUUCGAAGGUUGGCUUGACAGAGUUACAAAAGGUUUCAGAAUAUUUGCCUAAGAAUGGUUCUGUUUUGGAGGUUCCUUGUGAUUCACGUUUAGAGCAGAAACCUGCAAGAACCCUACUUUUGGUUGGAAGGUCAGGUAAUGGUAAAAGUGCGACCGGGAAUAGUAUUCUUGGAAGACGAGCGUUCAACUCAAGAGGCCGUGCGUCAGGUGUAACUACGGCUUGUGAGCUGCAGAAUUCGACUUUACCCAAUGGCCAGAUCCUCAAUGUUAUUGAUACUCCAGGCCUGUUUAGUCUGUCCCCAUCAACCGAGUUUACGUGUAGAGAGAUUCUGAGGUGCUUCUCUCUAAGCAAAGAAGGGAUUGAUGCAGUGCUUCUUGUAUUUUCCUUGAGGAACCGGCUCACAGAAGAGGAGAAAUCUUCGCUUUUCGCAUUAAAGAUCCUUUUCGUUGUUAACUACAUGAUUGUUAUUUUCACAAAUGAAGAUUCUCUUGAUGAGGAUGAUGGUGAUGAUACAUUUGAGAAUUAUUUGGAAGACUGUCCUGAUUUCAAGGAAAUUAUCAAGACUUGUAGUGACCGCAAGGUAUUGUUUAGAAACAGGUCUAACGCCUCUGAGAGUCAGAAAGCUAAGCAAGUUGAUGAGCUUCUAAACUAUGUUGAAGAAGUUGCAAGGUUGAAUGGGAAACCAUACAUGUCUGAUCUAUCUCAUGAGAUAAUGGAAAAUGAAGCUGCCUUCCAGAUAAAGCAGAAGAAGAUUUUAGAGAUGAAGGGAUGGUACUCAAAACAAGAGAUGCUUCUAAUGAAGAAAGAUAUGGAGAGGUCUUUUGAAAAUGAGCAGCUCAGGCACAUGAUGGAGAGGGUGGAGACUCAGCUGCGGGAGACAAAAGAGAGUCUAGAGCAGAAGCUGAAUGAAGAGAAAGCUGCAAGACGUGAACUAGAGAUUAGGGCAAAAGAAGCUGAGGAAAAGUCGAGUGAUGUAGUGAAGAAGCUCAACGAAGAGCAAGCUGUGAGACUUCAAAUGGAGAGAAGAGCUUAUGAAGUAGAGAAAAGCGCUGAUGAAGUAAAGAAGCUAAAGGAGGAACUGGAGAAGGCGAAAAAAUUGGCCAAUGAUCUCAAAAAUUCUAAGAAGCGUUGCAUCAUUAUGUGA